AGAUGAGCGGUAUUAAUGGCGGCUGGGCAUAUUAGCUAAUAUGGCCGGGUCUGUGAGUCUAGGCUAGUCGAACUAUCGGCUGAUAAUCGUUAAAAUACCCCUUCCAGUAUCAGCGCUUCUCGCUAGCAUAUAGCGGGAAGAGGUCUUGACUGCAGAUAAAAUGAGGUGAGUUCGAGUCCCAACUAAGAUAUUCCAGCGGCAUGAGAGAAAAACGCAAACCUACCACAUCCCAACGACUUGACGCAGAGAAGAGGCAAUGCCUGUCAUGGGACAUGUACAGUGCAGCGGACACCGCCUCAACUGAAGGUCAGCCAAGCACAAGUCAAGUUGAUGAAGGCAUCGAUCCAGAUAUGGUGUUUGGUGUAAUGUCAGAUGUGGGCCUGCGUCUUGUAGGGGAUGGGACGUAUGAGGUACCAGACCAAUCAUCUGGUGUGGACCUGUGCCCUAUAUCAGAUGUGAGCCUUCAUCUUGGAGAGGACAGUCCAAAGAAUGCAUCAGACCCUGUAUCAGAUGAGGAAGUUAUUGACUUGACAGGGGUCAAGGAUGUCCCCUUUCUUACAGAGGAAGUAGUCUGCACUGAGCCAGAGGAUGUCCAAUACCAGUUCCGCGUCUCAAGGUCCAAGUAUGAUAUCUUGGAAGAAGAAGCAGCCUACAGCAUCAAGAUUCACUUGGACCAACCUGAAGAAAAAAAUCAGAAAGGUCUUCUCUGCACCAUGAAGGUGAAACUGUCACCUGUUUCUCCUGCUUUCAUUCCUCAGCCAAACCCUCAACUCCCAAAAGAUGGAUACAGUACCCUCCUCCUGCGAGACGCACCCGGUUUGGAUUUCCUGGUGUUCCACGAUGAGCAGACCAAAAACUUGCCUAUCUGUAAAUUCAGCAAGAAGGAUCGUCUGCUAGGACGUGGAAGCUUCCUGGCAUUCGCUGUUGAGAUGGACAGAAGACCAAGCUCCCCUUGCCUUGAAAGCUUCCAAGAACUUGUCAAAGUGAAGAAGGGGAUGCUCCAGCUCUGUAUUCAUGACCAUGAUCCUGCGUCUGGAUGUGCCGUGUUAGAUGCUUGGAUUCUUUCCGGUAUAGUGUCUCAGCCAUCCUUUGCAUCUCAAUGUCCGUCUAAGAAACGGCACCUUGAAUACGUUCCCCAACUGAUGAACUGGUAUCAUGGAUAUCCACCACCAACUAAUAAAAAAGGCAAGGUGCACAAAAGGUACGACUACAACACGCUCUUUGACAAAGUGCGCCAGUAUCACGAGACACAGGAGGUAGUGGAGGUGAUUGACGUCCAGCACUCAAUCCUUGUCCCGGUCUUGCGGCCGUACCAGCGCGAUGCUGUCCGCUGGAUGGUCCAGAGGGAAACAAUGACACAAAAUGAUAAGGGUCAGCUGCAUAUCCUUUGGAGGCUGUUCAAGACAGUCGAUGACAGGACCUUGUACUACAACCCCCAAAGUGGCGAGAUCACUGACCAAAUGCAAGAAAUGCCAGAGGACUUUCCUGGUGGAAUUUUGGCUGAUGAGAUGGGGCUUGGAAAGACAGUGGAAGUCCUGGCCUUGAUCCUUGCUAAUCCAAGGUGGGCCAAAGACUUCUCCAGAGGAACAGCUGCCUCAUCCGGUCUACAGGAUAACCCUGAUGGCAAUCACCUUUCGAGCGAACAUUCCAAUAAUGACAACACUUCAUCCUCCAUGCAGGACAACUUACCAGAGUGUGCUAGUAGAGUUGAAGAUAUUCCUCAAGGCAAUGACCUGUCAGAAGAACAUUCCAUAAACAACAAUGCUAUAUCUUCCAAGCAGGACAAAUCACCAGAGACUGCAAGCAAUGUUGAAGAUGUUGUGAAUAGUAGAACUGAAGGAACAUUGACUUCAUCUGAAAUUGUAGACAUUCCUGAUGUACCAAGCACAUCAUCCUCCAUGCAGGACAAAUUGUCAGAAAGUGUAGGAACUGGUCAUUCUUCAGUGGAAGGUUCAUCGGAUCAUAGAACCGCAGGAACAUUAAUUUCAUCUGGGAAAAUAGCCAAUCCUAACGUACAAGAGGAUGUAGCUUUAGCGGUACCAAAUGAACAGGAUGUCAAUGGAACAGAUGGAGAGACCCUUGAAGGAAGUACUGUGUUAGGUGAUGAUGUAUCAUCAUUCCCAAUAAAUAAGAUGGAUGUGAGGCAUACUGCUGCAGAGGAAGCAACAGAAACUCACCCAAGUCAGGAAUCGUCCGAACUCACAGGAUCAAAUCCCAACAAAGGAGAGCAUACACAGAAUGUUGAGAACAGUGAAAGCCAGAGGCCAGGUGAAAUGAUGCCAUCAGUUAUCAUUGAUGGGGUGGAAACAAGAAUCCUUGCUCUAAAAGUAGAAUCUGAAUUUGAGUCAGACAUUGAUCUCUGUAACUCUAUGAUCAAUCAACAACCACAAGAGAAUAACCCAUUCUCAGAACCCAACGUGCAAUACGCUAGCCAAGCUGUAAAUCAUGGGAAUAGUACUACUCAAAAUGCAAUAGGAGUGGAUUCCUCCAUGCAUUUACAAGGGGAAGAAGGAAUGUCUUUGACAGUGAUCAAAGAAGAACAGGACAAUUCAAGUUCAGUUGAGAUGCAUGAACAACUUGAAUCACCAAUGGAAGAUGUGAAAGAGCCAAUAUCAGAAAGUGAGAACCCUAAAGUCUUUGAGUGUAUCUGUGGUCGGUACGAGCAAUUCAUCCGUUUACCAGCGUGCGUGCAGUGCCUGCGAUGUCAUUCCUGGCUCCAUGCUGCAUGCAUUGGCUUUGAUAUCCACAUGCGGGACAAACCCAGUCAUGACCUGCAAUUCUGGUGUCCGAACUGCUUUCCCAAGGUGCCACCACUUGAAUCUGCUGCAACGCUGAUCAUUUCACCAGCCUCCAUAUCUUAUCAGUGGGUUGAUGAGAUUAAUAGGCACAUCGACUCAUCCACCCUCAAAGUUAUGAUGUACGAGGGUGUAAAGAAAGAAGGCUACAUCCAACCACAAACCCUUGCGAAUUGUGACAUUGUCAUUACGACUUACAGCACACUCCGGACGGAGCUGGACUAUGCUAAUCUCUCUCAACCAGGUGCCGAGGGGCGUAGCCUUCGCAAAGCUAAGCGGUACCAGACCACGCCCAGUCCUUUACCCUGCAUAGAGUGGUGGAGAAUUUGCCUGGACGAGGCACAGAUGAUUGAGUACACGACGGCUAAGUCAGCUGAGAUGGCUAAUAGGCUAUCGGCAAGGAACAGAUGGUGUGUGACUGGAACGCCUAUCCAGAAGAGUCUUGAUGAUCUGUAUGGCCUAUUCUUGUUUCUUGGGAUUGAACCUUACUGGGUUAAACACUGGUGGGAUGUACUUCUCAGUAUCCCUUACAGUAAUGGCCACAGGGAACCACUACAGAAGGCACUUUGCAAGAUCUUCUGGCGCUCUGCCAAGAAGGAUGUCCUUGAUCAGAUUGCACUUCCACCCCAGAGGGAGGAGAUCCACUGGUUGGAUUUCUCACCUGUUGAGAAGUACUUCUACAAGACAAAACAUGAAGAGUGCUCUGUCCACUUCACAUUUAAUUCUGACAAGGCCAGCAUCGGUCCUGAAACCAAGCUCUCGACCCUUGAUAGAAGAUCUCUUCAGAGUCUACUGGGACCUCUCCUGAGGGUGCGCCAGGCCUGCUGCCACCCUCGCAUCGUUAGGGGUGAGUUCACCGCCCUGCAGAAGAAGAAGCAGCUUAGCAUGCAGGAUCUGCUGAAGACCAUGAUAACCAAGGCUGAGAUAGACAGUGACGGGGCCCAUCGUCAGCUGGUCUGUGCCAUGAAUGCCUUGGCUGCGGUACACUGCAUCAAGGAGGAGCUACCGGAAGCUGCUUCCCUGUAUCGUGAAGUUCUGAAGUCGGCUGAAGAGCACAAAGACAAGAUCAAGACGGACAAGCUCCAGAUACUGCACGCCACCUACAACCUCGACAAGAUAAUCAAGGAUAGACCAGAGGUUGUUCAACCCAGCCCAGCUGACGGCAAUCUUGCUAGAAGGAUGGUGUCCCUGAGAAAUCAGUACUUGCAGAAAACGGCUCAUCUUGUAAGUGGUAGCUUACAGACCGUUCAACCAAUCAGAGACAAGGUCGUAGAGCAACAGGAGAAGCUCCCGGGUGGCCCAGCAUGGUACCUGGAUGGCAUUCAAUGGGCCAUCUACCAGGGAUUAGGAGCAGAAUUGGUUAAAAGAAUCAAGACUGAACUAGAGGCAAAGAGUGAAGUUAUGGGAUUAGCUAACAGAUUCCGAGAUGCAAGGGGACUUCAGUUCAUCCUGACCAAUGAGCUUGAGGAGCUAGCUCAACUCUAUGAGUCGGCCUGGGACGGAGUAGCUAGUCUACAAGACAGACUCCAGGACAAAGCUCUUCUAGCUGAAGCAACAGACUGCCAUCUUAGACCCUUCAAAGGAAAAGCAAAGAACACGUGUCCAUUUUGCAAGGUUCAGGACCAUCUGCAAAGAUACGAGAUGAAACUCUUCUCAUUUGAUGUCAGAAAUCUGGAGGCAGUUGGAUUGGCUGGUCCAUCCAAUGCUGACCCCAACCAAGACGACUUCAACAUGAUGGCCGGUGGACCCCGUGGUAACUGGGCUAUCAGUGAACACGAGAGGGCGCUGCGUAUCCUGCACAGCUUCCUGAAGAGCUGCAGUGCCGAUGACUUGACCUUAGAGGAGGGCACCAUCUUUUUGGACAUGCUUGAACAGCAACGGAAAGAAUUCAAGCCACUGAGAGCAUACUGGGGUGCCAUGCGUGACAGAGUGGCAGCAAUGGACGAAUUGGAGAUGGCAAUGCUGAGGUUAAGGGUCAAACUUCCGGGAGAAGAAACAGAUCCCGCCUCCCAGCCUUAUAUCAUUGAACCAUUGGAGGUUGAACAGCAGAGGUAUAGGUUCCUGAAUGACCGUAUGGUCGCCAAGAAUGACCUCAAGAGGAAGCUAGGUCAGUUGCUCUACCUGCAGAAUCUGGACAAAGCUCAGUACAACCUCAAGGAUGGUCAUAACCCCGAGGUCUGUCCUAUCUGUGUCAGACCUCUUGGUGGUCAGUGGACUGUCCUUCAGUGUGGGCACUGUUUCUGCACCGAAUGCAUGGAGACCAUGCUGAUGCGUGUCCACAUCGCUGGCCGCCAGGGUUCGGUCAAGUGCGCCGUCUGUCGCUUGCCUACAGAGGGCACGGACGUCUCCUACGUCAGCGUGACGCUGCAGGCGGGUUCCUCGGAGGCGGCGGAAGAGAGAGUUGUGGAGGAGAGUAUCAAGGUCGAGGGGGAUCACUCGACGAAAAUCGAAGCGGUGGUGAGAACUCUGAAGAAGAUUCAGAUGAUGGAGCCUGGAGCCAAGGCUAUUGUGUUUUCAACGUGGUCCGAGGUCCUUGAACUCAUCUCAAAAGCUCUGACUCAGAACUGGAUCAACUUUAAAAAUGCGGCGAAGAAUGGAGGCCAAAAAUAUUUUCAUGCUGCAUUGACAGACUUCAAGCAUGAUCCAGACAUCACUGUCCUCCUUCUACCGGUCCAUAGCGGUAGUAAAGGCCUUAAUCUCAUUGAGGCAACCCAUGUUCUUCUGGUUGAACCCAUUCUAAAUCCAGCUAGCGAACUGCAGGCCAUUGGCAGGGUGCAUCGUAUUGGACAAACAAAGCCAACGGUUGUACAUCGCUUCCUCAUCCAUGAAACCAUUGAAGAGAAACUUCAUACCUACCUCAGUACACACACAAUCAGGGAUGGACUCAACUCGGUGGAGACCGAUACUGGAGACAUGACCUUCUCCGACCUCAAGGGGUUAUUCUCAUCUGAAACUUAAUCCGGAGCUUAUCCAGAAAGGCUCCAUGAUCUGCAGCCGUUAUGCAAGAAUCAGCAUGUAUUCAUGAAGCUGUUUCGUAUGUGUCAAGUGAAUGAGCAUGUAGAUAAUUCUAAGUCUGGAAGCUCUACACUUGGUGUAAAUGACCACCUUAAAAAGUUGUUUAAGGAAAAGUGAGAGGGCAGGUGUUAGAUGACUUGUUCUCAAAGAAGUUUGAUUUGAGAUUCAAAAUGACGAAUGGGGAAAAUUGUAUGCAUAGGCUGAAUAGACCUUUAAGUUAUUUGAUUUCACAAAAAAGUUAAAGGAAAAUGAAACCUUUGAAACGAGAUACAUGUAGCUUGUGCGAAAACAGAAAAAUCAAAGAAACAGAUCAACAAAGCUUUGAGAAAAUUUUCAUAAAUGAUAAGAAAGUUAUAAGCAUUCGAAGUUUAGAUCAUUAUUGUAAAGUAGAUCCUCCCAUAGUGUUUUUUCUUCAAUAGCAUACCUUAGCCAUUGUUUGGACAUAUAUUACAUAUACAUGCAAUAUUCCAUCACCUAUAGUUAUAUGUUCAUCUCCAUGUAUAUUAAAUUAUUAGCAACUUAACCCUAAAAGGACUGGGCCCCCGCCCCUCAACACGUUGUGUGAUAUUUCCAGAACGCGUAAAGAUAGCGCCGAAAAAUAUUUGGACUUUUCUUUGAAGUCCUUUGAUCCUUUAAAUAAGAUUACAAAAAUGACAUCUGGAAAAAAGAAGAAAAAUUGAAGUGAAAUUGGGUGUUAAAUGUGCUAAUAAUGUUUUUCAUGAAUAAAUUUGCAUAUUUUAUUCAUAAUAAAUGAGAAAUUAUUAUUUUCGGAAUUUUAUUUCAUGCUGGCUUGUAGUUUAUGUGGUAAAGAAUGUGCGUGCCAAAUUUUGGCGCAAUUGCACGAACGACGGCCGGGAUCAGUCCUCAAUACAUCUCAAACAGCCCAGUCCUUUUAGGGUUAAAGGGAAAGUCCACCCUUCUGUCAAGAUGGUUAAAGCAGAAAUAAAAUGGAAACAUAUUUAUGGCAUUUUGGUGAAAAGGUGGUUAAGAUAAAAUUAUAUUAAACUUUGAAACUUCAUAGAAUGGAAUUACUUCAUACAUUCUUUAAUGAAAGAUCAAUUAUGUUAAAAAAGAUGCUAAUAUGAACACUUGCAAUGUGCCAGUAUACAUGAGUGAAUGCUUAUGAUGCAGAAUAUUAAGGAAACCAAUAUUAGAAAAUAGCUGUCCCAGGGCUCAAAGGAAUUAAAGCUAAACAUUGAUUAAAGACUAGUGUAAGGAUAAGCGAAAUUGUAGAUCUGAAUUUUUUUUAAAAGAAUAACGUAAAGUGAGAAAAGAGGAAACCUAAUGAAAAUCUCUAGGCUUGUAUUAACUGCUUUUAUUGAAACAAACUUAACAUUUUGGUGGAUUUUCCCUUGGAAAUUAGUAGUGAGAACUAUUUAUUCAUUUUCACUGUAUGAUCUUAGUUCAGUAGAAAGACAAAUUCCUUGAUAUCAAUCAUGAAUGCAGACUUGUAUAUUUGUAUAUGUUUACAAAGGAUUAUAUAUUUUUAUAACGUAGUUUACAGUCAUACGUACAUCAAUCAUAGUAUUCUGUAUUCCAUUUGAUCAUGUUCACACUAUGUAGACCAAUUGUUUCAGAAAUUUGUUUUAGUGAUUUUUUCAUCUUGGGGGCCUCAAGUGUGCCCUAGAAUAGAUAAUGAGAGCAUCAACUUAACACCAAUCCGGGGCCUGUCCAACAAAGUGUUCGGAGAUUCAAGUAAUUUAAGUGGUCGUGUGGUCCAGUAGUUAGAGCAUUGGACUAAUAAUCGCAAGGUUGUGAGUUUGAAUCUCCGCUCUACCAUUUCUUCACUUUGAUAAAAUGACCAUAGAAUAAUAUCUGUAAGGUCAGCCACUAUGACUGAUUAACCUAGAAGUAAUAUGUUUCCUAUUUAAUUGGUUAUAUACCAGCUUGGCAUUUAUUAGCAUAAAGCUGUCCUGCCAAGUUCGUAUUUGAGUUAUCUGUCUAUUCUUAGGCACACGACUCGAGAUUAAGCUCCUGACCUUCCCAGCGCUCAGUGCAUUCAAUGAAUUGAUCCUGCUGGGUACCCAUUCACCUCACCAGGGUCGAGUGCAGCACAAUGUGGGUAAAUUUCUUGCGGAAAGAAAACAUGCCAUGGCCAGGGUUCAGUGUGUGUAUAAGUAUCGUAGGCCAAUUAGGUUACAUCUAAUCAAACUUGCUUUGCUACAGUGUAUGGAUUGGGUUACAUGUAAAUGUAACUAAGAUAUAUGCAGAAGUUGCAUAAAGCCAUAAGAUAAAAAAAAGUAUAAGGUAAGAACAAAAAAGACACUGAAACUUAUUUAGAUACAUCUUCAUAUCUAUGUUUAUUAAAAUAUGAAAAUAUAUUA